UGUGUCCAAAUUUUCAACACUACUGGAGAAUGUAAGAUGAAGUUUGGCCAGCCAGGCCGUGGUGAAGGCCAAAUGCAAAGACCAACUGGUGUUGCUGUUGCUGGAAAUGGCAACCUAUAUGUUGCAGACUAUGACAACAAGUGGAUAAAUAUUUUUAAUGCAGAUGGAAAGUAUAUUGGAAAGGUUGGAACAGGCAAGCUCCUUGGACCAAAAGGAAUAGCGAUUGAUCACAAUAAUAAUGUUGUAGUUGUUGAUAACAAAGCUAGUACCAUAUUUGUACUUUCAACGAAGGGAAAACUUCUUCAUAAGUUUGGCUCAAGAGGAGUGAAGGACAAACAAUUUUGUGGGCCUCAUUUUGUUGCUAUUGAUUGCAAUAACAAUAUUGUAAUAUCAGAUUUUCAUAAUCAUUGUAUCAAAGUGUUUGAUCAGGAAGGCAAUGUGAUAAUGAAAUUUGGAUCAAAUGGAGAGGGCAAUGGCCAAUUCAAUGCUCCUACAGGUGUGGCUGUUGAUAUCCUUGGCAACAUCAUUGUUGCAGACUGGGGAAACAGUCGUAUCCAG